AUGUAUCUGUUUAAUUUUGUAGUUAUCGGAAUUGAUUUGGGUACAACAUAUUCGUGCGUAGCGGUACACAUAAACGGUCGAGUGGAAAUUUUAGCCAAUGAUCAGGGUAACCGUAUAACUCCUUCAUACGUUGCGUUUACUGAUGAAGAACGUCUUGUUGGAGAUGCAGCAAAAAAUCAAGCAGCCAAUAACCCGACAAACACUGUUUUUGACGCCAAACGAUUGAUCGGUCGUCGAUUUAGUGACAAAGAAGUCCAAAAUGACAUGAGACACUUCCCAUUUAAAGUCAUUGACAAAGAUGGUAAGCCUGCAAUUCAAGUCCAAGUCAAAGGUGAAGAAAAAACAUUUACACCUGAAGAGAUUUCCGCCAUGGUACUUGGAAAAAUGAAGGAAAUUGCCGAAUCUUAUUUGGGCAAAAAAGUCACACAUGCCGUAGUAACAGUUCCGGCUUACUUCAAUGAUGCACAACGUCAGGCCACUAAAGAUGCUGGUACAAUCGCAGGACUUAAUGUUCUCCGUAUCGUAAAUGAACCCACCGCUGCAGCAAUUGCAUACGGUCUCGAUAAGUCUGAUGGCGAACGCCAAAUCCUUGUAUACGAUCUUGGUGGUGGUACAUUUGAUGUAUCUCUUCUCUCGAUCGACGACGGAGUCUUUGAAGUAUUGGCUACCGCUGGUGAUACACAUUUAGGUGGUGAAGAUUUUGAUAAUCGAGUCAUUGAUCAUUUUGUUAGGCUUUACAAAAAGAAGAAUAAAGUCGAUAUCACCAAAGAUCUAAAAACCAUGGGAAAACUUAAACGUGAAGUUGAAAAGGCUAAACGAACUCUAUCUUCUCAGAUGUCAACUCGUAUUGAGAUUGAAUCGUUCCACGAGGGUAAAGACUUUUCCGAGACAUUGACUCGUGCUAAAUUUGAAGAGCUCAACAAUGACCUUUUCAAAAAAACAUUACAACCGGUUGAGCAAGUAUUGAAAGAUGCAAAUGUCGAUAAGAAAGAUGUACAUGAUAUUGUCCUUGUAGGUGGUUCCACACGCAUUCCUAAGGUUGUUCAACUCCUCGAAGAGUUUUUCAAUGGUAGAAAAGCAUCUAAAAACAUUAAUCCCGACGAAGCUGUUGCUUACGGUGCCGCUAUCCAAGGUGGUAUACUUUCAGGAGACGAACGUGUCAAAGAUAUCUUAUUAGUCGACGUUUGUCCUCUCACUCUUGGUAUAGAAACUACUGGUGGUGUUAUGACCAAACUUAUUCCUCGUAAUACAAUGAUUCCCACCAAGAAGUCGCAAAUUUUCUCAACCGCAGCAGAUAACCAACCCACUGUAUUAAUUCAAGUCUAUGAAGGUGAACGAUCCAUGACUAAAGACAACAACUUACUUGGAAAGUUUGAAUUAACAGGAAUUCCACCAGCACCACGAGGAGUACCUCAGAUUGAAGUCACUUUUGAAAUUGAUGCAAACGGUAUUAUGAAAGUUUCCGCUGCAGAUAAAGGUACUGGUAAAUCUGAAUCUAUAACAAUAACCAAUGAUAAGGGUCGUCUCUCCAAGGAAGAAAUUGAUCGUAUGGUCGAAGAAGCCGAACAGUUUGCUGAAGAAGAUAAGAUACUAAAAGAACGUGUUGAAUCUAAAAAUCAACUCGAAAACUUUGUUUAUUCUCUCAAAAAUCAAGUAGCGGAUGACGGUGAACUCGGAAAGAAACUUAGUGAAGAAGAUAAAACUACCAUCAAGGAUGCUGUUAAAAAGACUCUAGAAUGGUUUGAUGAAUUUUCAAAUUCUGCCACAAAAGAGGAACUGGAUGAGAAGCGAGAAGAACUACAAGCCAUUGUUAAUCCAAUCACUGCUAAAUUAUAUUCUGAUGGUUCACCUCCACCAAAGGAUACCGAUCCACUGGCAGAACAUGAUGAAUUGUAA